UUUGUUUCUUGUUUGAAGCGUGCUUCAUGGCGUUGACAUGGCAAGAACAUGUCAUCCGCUGCUCCGGGCAUCGAAAGAAAAGAUCAUUAGGUGUAUGCGGCGGCAGGUGUGCAAUCCGCGUGUGCUCUUUUCAUUUAUACUCGCCCUUGUGUUCGUGUACGCCACGUGGACGGUGUUCGCUGUGCAGCGAAGUACAUACCUCCUCAAGAAUCCCAGCGCACGGAACGACGUAACUCUACGAAGAAUACGGCAAGUGAAACCGAUCAGGAUUCCGAGGAACUACUCGAAACCAUUGCCUUCUUUCACUCCUCUACUCGUGAAUGCUCAUAAGCCUUUCGAAAAGCUUGUGCACGAUGCUCCGAAUGCUUUGAUAAAAUCUGUUGCGACUGUGGAGCGGAAGCGGAAACCUGUGCCGCAAUUUUCACCGCAGCUCAAGGAAAACUCCCCGUAUAAGGUGCUCAAGAACUACUUCGGUCCGUCAAAGUCAAUUGUCGGCGUUAAUUCCAAAACCAACAAUGACACGGUCACUUUUUGCACUCACGCAACGGUGAACUAUCUCAAAUUUCUGGUCGAAUUGACGAAGCGGUGGCGAGGACCAGUCUCUGUCGCUGUUUAUGCCCCUGGAGAAGAUUUUGUCUUGGCUGUUGAGAUUAUCGUUUUCCUCAGGGCGUGCUUCCCAUCUGUUCGAGCAUAUGCAGCAUUUCAUCUGUUCUAUGACGCUGAUCUGACACCGGAAAUGGACUUGCGACUCAGCUUUGUGAAUGUAUCCGCCAGAUGCGCUGUGUAUGAGAAUCAUUUCGUCUCUAGACCUUGGUCGCUUGCGUAUCCAGUUAAUGUGGCUCGGAACGUGGCCCGAGCUGGGGCCCGAACGAAGCACGUUCUUGUUGCCGACGUAGAACUCAUGCCAAGCCGGGACUUCGUUUCAAAGUUCGCCAACUUCAUGAGUCGUGAGGCGCGAAAAAACAAUGCUGUUAUGACAGCUAAUCACAGGGUAUUCGUACUGCCCGUUUUCGAAAUCGCUCCUGGAAGAGAAAUUCCGGAAACAAAGAAGGAUCUUGUAGCGAUGAUCAACGCCAGAACCGCAUUCUACUUCCACAGUCUGGUGUGUCCACAUUGCCAACGAUUUCCUGGGAUUAGUCAGUGGAUCAGCUCUGAAAAACCAUCUGAAAACAUCAAGGUAUUCACCGUUGCCCGACGAGAAGGAGUUUUCCUACGUUGGGAACCGAUUUAUAUUGGGACCAAGAAAGACCCUUUUUUUGAUGAACGUCUCACAUGGGACGGGCUGCAGGAUAAAAUGAGCCAAGUCCUGGAAAUGUGCCUUGUUGGGUACAAAUUCGUCGUGUUGGACUCGGCAUUCCUGGUGCAUCGUCCUGGACUAAGAACGGUUUCUUACAUGAGCAACGACCCGUCCGUCAAAUGGAGACACCCUUUGAUUGCCUACAACAAGAACAUCACCGAAGUCAUUCACGAGGAAUUAAAAGCCAAAUACUCCGGCGCUUUCAGAAGAGGCAUGUGUCACCAACCAAAGGCUUGAUUUGAGAAAUAAUCAGACGAAUGCGAGUAUAGGUGACGAAGCUGUGAGGGUUUGAGGUUCGAUCAUUCGCUUUUCUGAUUUCCGUGGAACGAUUCGGUCUCGAGACUGAUUCGUUGCAGAAUCUCAUCUCAAGAUAAGUUAUUUUUUAUGAGGCCUUCAAAAUUACCUCUGAUUCAAAAUUGCUACGGGAAACUUUUUUUCCAGACUUUGGGGCAUUAUAUUUUUAUCUCCAUGCUUGCUGUAGCGUUGGGCAUGGCUUUUAUGACUCGUCGGUCUGACCAAAUGUGAUUUCUCUAUGAGGGAAAAUUAUGACCACAUUCUUUUCAGUGAAAGCCCAAAAAGGUGUUCUGUUAUUCUUCAACGUUGUGAAUUAUAUGAAUACCGCGUAUACGAGAAAAUCCGAAUAUACCACAGUGAUCUUUUACUGAAAAUACUGACACCACUCUUUCUUGAGCUAAAUACUUCGUAAUUAAAAAUAAAUUUAAGUGUAGAGGACGUUGAAUGUUCGUGAUAACAUUUUAGCAUGCAAUGGUUCUCUAAGGACUCUCCUGUUUAUGACCUAGAGAGGAAUUAAAUUUUUUUUUCGCAACAUUUACAGAACAUGAGAACCUAUUUGGAUCAGACAGAAAUUUUCGUAAAAAUUCUAUUAGAGGGAAGGUCCCACCUCUUUUAAUUAACUAGGUCGAAUUUUUCAAGGAGUUUUGAAUCGCCUAGGCUUUUAGGAAGAAUGUCAUCAUCGCUCCACUGGGCAUUAAAAUUGCUGGGGAGUUUUUCUUCGGAGCAAGUAAGUGAAAUGGUGGGGAAAACCAUUUUUCCUGGUGAAAUAUACGAGAAUGAUUGAGACGGUUUCCAGAAUGAAGUGAAGAGUUGUUUUCUCGGUGUCCUGAACAAGGUAUGCUGUAAACUGAGUUCGGACUCAUUUUGUCGUUUCAUCUCGUCGAACCCAAUUUUCUGGGUUCUAGGCUUGUUCGUUAAGCUUUUUUCUCAUUUAGCUUCGGAGUUAUUGCUUGGAAAUUUUUCUGGUCUCUCGAAAUGCGUGAAUAUACUGUAUAUUUGCAUUUUCCCGUUUUUGAGCAUUUAAAAAAUCGUUAUAAUCUUGGUGCAAUAUUGAAUUGUGGCGUGGAAUGAGUUUGAUCUCACUUGUGUUUUACGACAAUCUUUUCACGCGGAAUCAAACGGUUGCACAACAUGUCUUUCGUAAGCGCAACUUUUCGUGUGUGAUGAUGGGUUAAUGAUUGCGUCAAUGAUCUCAAUUGCGAUUGAAAGCUGCAUUUUUUAUUCCAUUCCGGAUGUAAUACCGCGUCUUUCACGAAUAUAUUCCUCGAUUGCGACCGAA